AUGGCUCAGAAUAUGGACCGUGGCCUUGACGAGAUCAUUGCUGAAAAGCGAACCAAUGGCCCUCGAAACCGACGCGGCGGUCGAGAUACCCGCCGUCGCGACCGUAAUGACUAUCCCCGGGACGGGGUAAGAAAGUCAACCCGCGAUGAUCGCCGCAAUAUAGACAGUGAAUGGGUUCACGACCGAUACGAUGAGAGCGAAUCUCGUCGUGGCCCCGCACCUCGACGUCGUCGCGAAUCUCCAGUCAGUGACAAUAAAGGAUCGAAAAUCCGUGCCGAGAAUAUCCAUUACGAUCUCACAGAGGAGGAUCUAGAUGAACUCUUUGCUAGGAUUGGUCGUGUUUCGAAGCUCAACUUGCGAUAUGACCGCGCAGGGCGCUCAGAGGGCGUCGCAUAUGUCACAUAUGAGCAAAGGGAAGAUGCUGAGGAAGCUAUUAAACAGUUUGACGGCGCAAACGCCAACGGGCAACCGAUCCGCCUCACGCUACUCCCUUCACGGAAUCCAUUCGAUACUGCAGUUAUGCCUGGCCGUCCACUGGCGGAGCGGAUUUCAGCCCCCGGUGGCAGAGCCCGCUCCACUUCCCCUCGCCGCAGACUUGAAGACGAGGACGCUGCCCGCAAGGGAAUUGAUAGAUAUAUCCCUGGAAGACGCUCCAGAAGCCCUAUGCCCCGACGCUCAGGUGGUCGCGGAGGACGUCGUCCUGGUGCUCGGCGUGAGGGCGGGAACAAUAGCAACGAAGGUGGUCGUGGCGGUCGUGGCAACCCAAGGGGGAAGAAGACGCAGGAAGAACUCGAUGCUGAAAUGGCAGAUUACUUUGGGGGGAGUGGUCAUGACUCUGCUGCGGCGGAUGCUCCGGCUAACGGUGCAGCGCCGGCCACCGAAGCUGCCCCGGCUGCGGUCACUGACGAUAUCGACAUGAUCGAAUAG